UUAUCCAUCAACCCGUUGACAUAGAGAAGAACCCAUUACUAUCUGCAGAGAGAAGGAUUUUUAUAUAUUGCCAAUCUUCUAAUCCAAGUUUUGGUAGAAGAAUGAGGAACAAGUUACAUUUGCCAUGAGUUUCUCCAGGUUUCUAGUUUUCCUUUCCCUCAUGCAAUGCUCACUACAGUCAUCAGUUACUUUUACACUACGAGGAAAUGCCAAUGGACAGCCUUGUGUAUUCCCUUUCAAAUACAAUGACAAGCAGUACAAUGAGUGCACAGAUGCUGGCAGGUCAGAUGGGCUGCUCUGGUGUGCAACAACUGCAGAUUUUGACGCUGAUAAACUCUAUGGAUUUUGCCCACUAAUAAACGACACAGAAAGAUUUUGGACAGAAGAGGCUUCAACUGGCAUUAACUAUCAGAUAAACUCAGAAUCAGCUCUAACAUGGCACCAAGCAAGGAAAAGCUGUCAGCAGCAAAAUGCAGAACUACUAAGCAUUGCAGAGACUCAGGAGCAAGCAUAUGUAGGAGAGCUAACAAAAGAAUUUAGUUUUGCCUUCUGGAUUGGAUUGAAUGCUUUGGAUUUCAACAGUGGAUGGCAAUGGGCUGGGGGCAGCCCUUUCAGAUAUUUAAACUGGGCUCCAGGAAGUCCUUCCCUUCUCCCUGGGAAAAUUUGUGGACUGUUGAAUCCCAGAAAGAAUGCUAAAUGGGAAAACCAAGCAUGCAAUCAGAGACUAGGCUACAUUUGUAAAAAAGGAUCCUUCCAUUCAAAACCUGAUAUUAUGCCCAAAGGGGAAUUGAGGUCUGUUCAGUGCACAGAUGGCUGGUGGCCGUAUGCAGGUCACUGCUACAGCAUUCACCGGGACCCCAAAACAUGGGAAGAUGCUCUGUCAUCUUGUAAAAAGCAAGAUGGAGAUUUGGCAAGCAUCCACAACAUUGCUGAAAAUAGCUUUCUAGUGUCACAGCUUGGUUACAAGCCAACAGAAGAGCUGUGGCUGGGUCUGAACGCCCUGAGGUCUCACUUCUCCUUUGAGUGGAGUGACAGGAGCGCUGUGACAUUCACCAAAUGGCAGCGCCGGCAUCCUGCCUACACCGACGGCCUGGAGCACUGCGUGGCUGUGAAGGGGCAGGAUGGAUACUGGGCAACUGACGUUUGUAAUAAGCAGCUUGGUUACAUCUGUAAGAAGAAGCCUUCAUCGCAAUCCUCUGAAAAAGAGACAAUUGAGGACCCAGGCUGCCAAAAAGGUUGGAAAAGAUAUGGUUUUCACUGUUACUUGGUGGGUUCUGCGUUUUUGACAUUCUCAGAAGCAAAUAAGACAUGUGAACAGAGCAAAGCUUAUCUAGCUACGGUGGAAAGCAGACAUGAGCAAAUCUUUCUGAUUAGUCUGACGGGGCUGAGGUCUGAAAAAUAUUUCUGGAUUGGUCUCUCUGACACAGAAGAAAAAGGGAGUUUCAGGUGGACCAAUGGAGAAACUGCUCAUUUCACACACUGGAACACAGCCAUGCCAGGGAAAGAGCAAGGCUGCGUUGCCAUGGGAACAGGAAUUGCAGCUGGAUUAUGGGAUGUUGUGAGCUGUGAGAAGACAUGGAAUUAUCUUUGCAAACGGCGGGCAGCAGGAGUGCCCCCUCCUGCUCCAGAACAGGUCCCUGUGGCCGCGUGUGCCGAAGGCUGGGACAGAGCCUCCCGGGCAGACUCGUGCCUCAAAUUUUUUGUGAGAGAGGGAAACCAAAAGAAGUCUUGGUUUGAAGCUGAAGAAUUCUGUAGAGAAAUAGGUGGAAACCUGGUCACAAUCAAUACAAGAGAAGAUCAAAUUUUAUUAUGGCAAUUAGCUUCGGACAAAGGGCUGAACACUCAGACUUUCUGGAUUGGUUUGUUUCUCUUAAAUCCUGAUGAAGGAUUUGCCUGGAUUGAUGGCUCCCCUGUAGUUUAUGAGAACUGGGAGGAAAAUGAACCCAACAACUAUGAAGAACUUGAACAUUGUGUUAUGUUUAAUGGAUCACCCCAAAUGCGCUGGAACGACUUGCGCUGUGAACAUUUACUUAAUUGGAUUUGUGAAACAAAAAAAGGUACAUUGAUAAAGCCUGAAGCAAACUACAAACUUGACUAUCAGCUCACGAAAGAUGGAUGGAUUAUAUAUGAAAAUAAGCAGUACUAUUUCAGCAAAGAACAUGUCCAUAUGGAAGAAGCUCGGAGGAUUUGUCAGAAGAAUUUUGCUGAUCUUGUUGUCAUUGAGAAAGAAAGCAAAAGACGAUUUCUGUGGCAAUAUAUUUACACAAAACACAGAGGAAAAUCAUAUUUCAUCGGCUUAGUUGUCAGCUUUGAUCAGAGAUUCAGAUGGCUGGAUGACAGCCCAGUGAACUAUGUUGCCUGGGCUCCAAAUGAACCCAAUUUUGCAAAUAAUGAUGAAAACUGUGUGAUAAUGUCAGAAGAAUUUGGUUUAUGGAAAGACAUAAACUGUGCUGUGAAAAACGCCUUUAUCUGUGAAAGGCACAAUUCAACUUACUCAGGAUUUGCUCCUACUGUGCUUCCACCUCUGGGAGGAUGUCCUGAAACUUGGCUUUUGUUCAACAAUAAGUGCUAUAAAAUAUUUGGAUCCAGAGAAGAAGAGAAACUAACUUGGCACUCAGCAAGAAGUGUUUGUAGAGAAUUAGGGGGAAAUUUGGCCUCUAUACACAAUAAUCAAGUGCAAGCUUUCCUCACCUUCCACCUAAAGGAUGUUGCCAAUGAAACAUGGAUUGGGCUGAAUGACAUCAAUAGUGAGCAUACCUACCUUUGGACCGAUGGAAGCGUUUUUGACUAUUCAAAUUGGGCCCGAGGAUUCCCAUUCAGAGAUAAAUUCACAGUGGUUGACUGGAAGUAUAUUACAAUAGAGACUGAUUGUAUUACAAUGACAAAAAGAUCUGUAGAUGAUGCAGGAUUAUGGGAAAAUACUGACUGCCAGCAUAAAAAAAGCUAUAUUUGCCAGAUGGAGAGUGAGCCUGAACUGUUUCACCCCACAAGUGCUCCAGAUUUCGAUUUUGUCCAUUAUGGCAACAGCAGCUAUUUAAUCAUUCCUUCUAAAAUGAAUUGGGAAGAAGCAAGAAAAGCAUGCAAGGAGAAAUCUUCAGAGCUUGCCAGCAUUUUUGAUUAUUACAGUAAUAUAUUCUUGCUGCUGCAGGCAGUGCAGUAUGGAGACCCCUUAUGGAUUGGGCUCAACAGCAAUGUGAAUUACGGAUAUUAUAGAUGGACCACUAAAAGGAAAGUAAGUUUUUCUAAGUGGGACUAUGAAGAGCCAAAACAGAAACUAGCCUGUGUCUAUCUAGCACUCUCUGGGAGAUGGAAAACAGCACGUUGUAAUGAGAAAUAUUUUCCUGUCUGCAAAAAAUCUGAGGACAUACUUCCUUCUGACCCCCCUCAGGAUAUUGGACAAUGUCCUGAAUCUGAUCACAUAUCUUGGAUUCCUUUCCGAAGCCACUGCUAUAACUUCAAUGCCAAUGAAAUUACCUGGGCUCAGUCUGUGACUCAGUGCAUUCGAUCAGGUGGUAUGUUGACUUCUGUAGAAGAUCUGUAUGAAUCAAACUUUUUAAUAGAACAUGCAGAUUUAUAUGCAAGCAAGACAAGUGGCUUCUGGAUAGGAAUAUACAGAAAUGUAAAUGGGCAGCUGCUUUGGCAAGACAACAGUGCCUUAGACUUUGUCAACUGGGCUGAGGGGCAGCCCUCGGGGGACGAGCUGAGCUUCUGCGUGGAGCUGUCUGCAGCUACCGGCUGCUGGAGUGUCCUGCCCUGCUCUUCCCAAAAGGGCUUUAUUUGUAAGAAACCAAAGACUAUUCUUAAAGCAGCUGGAAACGUGGAAGAUGCCAAAAAGGACAAAGUCAGUGGUCACCUGAAUAUGUGGAUACUACCUACUCUCAUCCUCAUAAUUUUACUGGGGGUGGGCUUCAUGAUUUAUUUCUUGUUCAAGAUCAAAACUGGAAGUGGAACUGGAAGAGAGGUGAGGCGGAGCAGCAGUCAGCUGGAAUACAGCCGUGCCCUAACUGCAGGGGACAAUGGAAGUGGUGCUACCAACAACAAAGAAAAAAAUGAACAGAGUGUUGUCUGAUGGGACAACAGAGACAAAAUAAAUGGUUAAGCUGAAAAAAAUAUAGCUGAACUAAAGGAAACCUUAGUCUCUCUUAGGUGCAUGUAACUUGUACUACGAAGUAAAAUUCCUUCAGUAAGGAUUAGGAACUAUUGCUGUAUGCUCCUCAAUAAAUACUCUCAGGUAUUUAUUGACUUAGUACUGUACAAAAUUACUAAUUAAGCAAGCAAAGAAAAUAACAGAACUAGUGGGAAUUUAGAUUUAAAAAUUAUGGGCUGCUUAUUUAGGAAUUUGUGACAGCAUCACAUACAGUCAAGACUAACACUGAGCACUCUUUGCAGAGUGCUCAACCUUAAUGCCUGCACUUUGAGAGUAUCUCACCAUACUGUUCUGAAGCCUCCAUACUGUUACUUAAGUGAUGUUUGGAAUAAACAGAGAUUUACAUUAAUUGUUUGUCCCUGUUGCUGCCCUUGUCUUAUACCCUUAACACAAAUAUCUUCCUUGUGAUAAUAUUAUAAAUGGAAUGCAAAUACUUGUCCUUCAGUCAUGGCUUCAACUUGAAUUUUGCAAAACAAAUAUGUCUUUACAUACAGCCUUACUCUAUGACUUUGAAUGUUUUUUAUCAAUUAUGAACAUGAGACUAUAUGAAUAAACAAACUAUAUAUUACAUAAUAACAUUUCAGUUAUUUCAAUUUGCUUAAUUAGCAUGUGGAGAUGAUACGUGGUUUGUUGAUCUAAUGAGUCUUCUUCCUUAAAAAAGAGGCUGACAGGAGGAGACACAGAAAUGUGAACAUGGCAUAUGACUAAAAAAGUCAUAAAUAAACUAUAAAAUAAAGUAGUUGCCUAGUAAAUUUUGAAAUAAUGCAUUCCUGUUUUUUUUUCUAUUUGAUCACUCAUUUUAGGAUAGCUUUGCUUACUAUCCUCCACGUCUCUGAUAAAUGGACUGAUAACUGGGCACUGUGUCCAUGAUUCAGGCCAGUAAAAGAGUGGGGCACGAAACAGUGCCUUGCUAGUGAAAUGUUCUAGAAGUUUACUCAGAUGUUUAAGUUUUCUAGGAAUUCUCUGUUGUCUAUGACAUUCUGAAGAGAAAAAGCUCUCAAGGAUCUCUGUGAAUUACAAACCUUUAGAAAUUGCAUACGAACUGCAGAGGAGAUGUUACAUGACAUUGGAUUGACAACUUAUAGAUAGGGCAAUUAAACAAAACAUAUUGCAAGGGAUAAGGAAUAAAGACCAUUUUUUACUCAAA